AUGGCCCCAUUCCGCAACUUCCUUGGCCGGAAAUCCCAACCCAAUGGCGGGGAACCGGACGGCUUCAACGAGAAUAACGAGAACAACCCGCCCAGCCAACCCCAACGUCCUGGUCCCACACCGAUCGAGGUACGGGGAAGUCAAGAUGGCAAUAUCCCCGAGUACAAAUUGAGUGUCGUGAAUGACAGCGGCGUCUAUCUUCCACCCUCACCACCAGAGAAGCAGAGCUUUUGGUCCCGCUAUCCCGGAUCAACGCGGUCGUCUCAUCAUCGCGACCUAGUGGAUGAGAACGAACCAUUCUCAAUAUCGCGCGAAUCCUUCGACUCUUACCGUCGGUCUUUUGACAUUUCCGCCCGCGCCCCAGUAACCUACCCUGAUGCCGUCCCAUCCCGCACCUCCCUCGACUCCCGAUUUUGCCGAGUCACAUCACCCGCCAUGCGAACCACAACCUUCCAAAAGCCCGACGCUAUGAAAGAGGAAAUAUUUGAAGACGUGGGCCUGAAUGAUGAAGCCAAGCCUAAGAAAAAGGGUAUUUUCGCACGAUUUGGCGACUCUUCGGGCGAUGCGCCAUCAUCCGGUAAAUCUACACCCUUUGGGUUCCACAUGCCCGGCAGGAAGCGUGGACAGAGUGGUGGAGGAUCGGAAAUGUGCUCUAUGCCGACACCAGAGCCUGUGGCCGCAUCUACCCCAGAGAUUAAUGCCGAAUGA